AUGCAAAAAGAUUCCAGGGUGGAGAUGAAGAUAAACCUGACAUGUGGUCUCCUUCUGCAGGAGAUUGAUGCAAGAGACGUGAAGAGCGUGCAGGCGUCGUCAUUCCACCCCUCGAGAAGGACCUGUUUCAUCAUCCAUGGAAUGGGGGACAGGGCAGAGAAUAAUUGGGUGCCGAAAUUAUGUCGUGAGAUUCUUCAGGUAGAAGAUGUGAACUGCAUCGGGGUGGACUGGCAUCAUGGCUCAGGGAAUCUUCUCAUCUACAGCCAGGCGACAAGCAAUGUCCAGGUUGUAGGAGCUGAACUCGCCUAUGUCCUGAGGAUCUGGCAGAAAGAGUUGAAAUAUUCUCCUACAAAAGUUCACAUUAUCGGCCAUAGUCUGGGAGCUCACGUGGCUGGAGAAGCUGGAAAGAGACAUCCUGGAAUUAGGAGAAUCACUGGUCUUGACCCAGCUCGGCUCCAUUUUGAGGACACACCCAGUGAGGUCUCGUUGGAUGCCUCGGAUGCUGACUUUGUUGAUGUGAUUCACACAGACACUGACAUGUUUCUUGGUCUUGGCAUAAGAAAACCAGUUGGUCACUUUGACUUCUAUCCCAAUGGUGGACGACACAUGCCAGGCUGCCCUAACCGUCUUAGCUUCCUUAAUAACAUGAAUGAUAUCGUGGAAUUUAUCGCCUGCAAUCACCUCCAGGCGUUCCGCUACUACACGGAGAGUGUCCGCAAUCCGGGGGGCUUCCUCAGCUACCCAUGUCCGGACUAUCAUAUGUUUGAAGCCGGCUCCUGCUUCCCCUGCCCCGCUGAUGGGUGCCCACCCAUGGGACACUUUUCAGAGGAGAUGAGCAGAAUGUCGACACGGGCACAGACCUUGUAUCUGCACACGGGUGUUGACCCGGGCCAUCUCUCCAGCUACAGGUAUAAGAUCACUGCGGUGGUCCGUGGGCGCAGGAAGGUUUCGGCGCAGAUCUUCAUAUCUUGGUUUGGAGACGAGAUCUCCUCAGAUGAGCACCAGGUGCUGACGGGAACGUUCGCACCCGGUAACUCGUACUCUGCCUUCAUUGAUUCUGAGAUACAGUUGGAUGACAUAAGUUGCGUGGAUUUCCGCUGGACUCCGCUCCCUCUGCAAUCAAACAUCCUGCGCUCCGAGCUGGGGGCAGGGAGGAUCGACAUCCAGGCAGGAGAGGACGGCAGCAUACUUUCCUUCUGCGCGACCGGAACGGUAAAAGAUAAAGUAACCCAAACCCUGGGUCCCUGCAGAGACUUCCCUUACCACCCAGAGGGCCACCGGCCUAAACACCACGACAUCAUCCUGUGAGAAACCGCAAUCCAUCACCCAACCCGGAGGAUGAGGAGGAGGAUGAUCUGCACUCACCAGACCCUGCUGCACAACAAUAUACGGAAAGCGGAACCCAGAGUCAUCCCGAGGAGCCUGCAGCUCUCAUACCGUCCUCUCACAACAAGCCUUGUAAUUACUAUGCAUUGGGAAAGUCCUCACACCCCUCACCGUCCUCACAUUUUGUGCUAUUGUAACGCCCCAGAGUGGCAUUACCACCUUUGCACCCCACUACUGUCUUUAUUGGUUAAACACAUGUCAUCAUGUGUAUUUAUUUCAGGUCCAAACACUGUGCAUUU